AAUAUUGACAUUUCACGGUAUAUAUCGACGCCGGGAUUGAGUAUCAACAAAGUUGUUUUCGUGUACACAUUAGUUUUCUUGAAAUUGGAAAAUAAUGGAUCAACUGCAUACAGCAUUGGGUUCUUUGAAAUUACUUCGAACCAGCGUUGGUCAAAUAUUUGAAACACUUGGUGGCGGAAUUCGUAUCGAACAUGGAGAAGAACAUGGUGAAAAUAAAUUCUUGCACGAGCUACAAGAACUUCUUACGCUGACCAAUACACAUUUGAGGGAUCUAGAAUCGACCAUAAACAGUCUCAGCACACCUCCAGCGCCACUUACACUCGGAAACACUUCAUUUUUGACGCAAGAAUUAUCACAAGAUCGGCAAGCACUCUAUUCACAACUGGUCAAUAGCUACAAAUGGAUCGACAAGGUACAUGAGUAUGGAUCGAUUGCUAGCACAGUGUUGCAUUCGAAUUCGCUGAAGCGGUCAUUCAACAACAACUCCAAUAAACGAAGAAGACCUUUGGUUUCCUGUCACAAUAUUCCUCCAACACAUUUUGAAAAUGUUUUAACCAGCAAUUGUUUGAGUGACAUGACCAUUAACAUUACUCGCCCUCAUGCUAGGAAUGCCAUUGUUUAUAUCACAUUGGGUCGUGUGCUGAAAGCCGCUCUGAUCUUCAAAGGAAUCAUGAUCGAAUGGGUUACGGUCAAAGGGUACGAUGAGACAUUUGACGAUGAUUUAUGGGCCGAAUCAAGGCAUCAAGUCUUCCGUAAAGUGCAAGAUCAUACACAUUCAGCAAUGCUUCACUUCUACAGCCCAACAUUGCCCGACUUGGCUGUAAAAUUCUUCAUGGCUUGGUUACAUAGCUACAUCAAACUCUUCAGCGAACCAUGUAAAAAAUGUGGAAAACAUCUUCUCAACUCUUAUCCACCGACAUGGCGCGAUUUCCGCAUAUUGGAUUCAGCAUUUCACGAAGAAUGCAAAUAAUCCAAUGAAAAAAAAAACGAUUCAACAAAACUGGAGCCUGAAAUAUUAAUGAAACUUAUAUUUGAACAAUAUUGAGGUCAUAAUAAAGAAAAAUAUUCUUGAAACAAAAUAAAUGAAACAAAAGAAAAACUGCAAUUAA